CACAAGUUGAGUUUUUUGGCUCUGCUGACGAACCACUGCCAGCUGUCAAAAUUAACAGCAAGCUGACUACCCCCAAGUUCAUAUUUUACCUACUGUUUGGCUUUUGUCAGGCAGCAUGGGUCGUGGUUAUAUAGUUGAAGACGCUGUGGAGGGAUAUUUGUCUAAACUAUGUGAACAACAAGCCGGUCCAGUAACGGGCCUGCUUAUUGGACAGAGCUCAGCCCAAAGGGAUUUUGUCGUCAUGGCAACACGGACACCUCAAGGGGAGGAGUCUUCUUCAGCAUCUGGAAACUCUCUGGACAAGGAGUGGGUGGCUGAGCAUGCUCGACAGGUGUCUAGGAUGCUGCCCGGCGGCCUGUCUGUAUUGGGAGUCUUCAUCAUCACUGAUACUGAUGCCAAGGACACACUAACCACACUGCGACAGCUGGUCUUUGCAGUGGAGAACCUGAUCUCCUCAGAGUAUCUAUGGAACCCUGCAGAUGAUGAUGUCACAGACUGCGUCACGCUGCAUGUCAACCCUAAAACCAGAAAAACCGUCUGCAGAACCUUUGAUGUCAAAGAUCCCAAGAGCACGGCCAAGCCUGCAGACUGGAAGUACCAGUCAGGUGUGUGUUCCUCCUGGAGCAUGAUGUCAUGUUGUUUGAAUGUGGACAUGUUGGUACCACUGCCAGACAACAGAACCUCUACAGAAAACAUCGAUAAAUGUCUGAAGGAGGGACUGAGAGUGUGGGCACACCAGAUUCAGAGUGGAGUUUGUCUGAUUGAUGGAAAAAAGCUGCCAGAGGACACAGAGCUCACAGCUGGACAGAAGAGGAACGUGAGACAGACGUACACAGCUCAGCUGCUCAUCUCACCGGAUGACCAGAGGUUAACAGAUGUGGUCCAGCAGUGUGGAGGCAGUGUGUCGGUCAGAGGAGCGAUCCACGGGAGAGCUUACAUACACAGCAACAAACCAAAGGCCAGGCUGGCCGAAAAGCUGCUGAAGAGGGACGUGGUUUCUACUGUGGCCAUAAGAGUUCAAAUGCUGCUGGAAGAGCUGCUGAUAUCAGAGGAGGAGAGGAAGGGCAGCAGCAGAGACAAACAACAGACAGAGCAGUUCUGUCUCCCUCAUCGUAUCUUCUGUCCAGUAAAACCGAGCGGGCCAGUGUGUGUGUGUGACUACCAGUUCAGUGACGAGGGCCAGUCUGAGGUGACUGACAGGUUGAAGGAGAUGCUGGACAUUGAUGCAGCCGAGGAAGACUUGGAUACCAGGCAGGAAACGCCUGCUGAAAUCAUAGAGAGAGAUGUUGCGGCAGAGUCCACUGUGGAAACUGUUGAAGUGCUGGAGCCCAAGAGGAACAACUACAUUGGUGUUGCCAUGGCUACUGCUGUUGCCCUACUUGCCACUGCUGCCUCGAUGCUCUAUCUCAGUGAUGUUUAAUACACACAUAUGCACACACCAAAUAAAGUGUUUGUUUGUUUCUA